AUGUCUUCUGCUGAUACGCCAUUCUCGAAUAGCUCGAUCAAGAAGGACUCCUCACCCAUGUUAAGUGAUCUCAAACAAGAGAUACUUGAGUUACCUGUCGACCCCAGAAAUAGGUCAAAUGGAUUGAAAACCAAAAAUUCUGCGUCUUAUCAGAAGACUGGGAUCAAGGUAAACAACCCGAGCCCAGAAUAUUCUCCUCAAUCCGACGAGAAAACUGUCCCUGGAUUGCAAUUCCGUGAUCUUCAGAGAAUGGAGGGACUCCAUGACUUCAUAGCCUCUGCUUUAGCGCAAUUUUCAGUCGAUGAAUUCAUCAAAAGGUUCCAUGUGACAAACAGGACAUUGCAACGAUUUUUCACACACAAGACGCAGAUUGAUGCUGAUCAAGGUGAAGAGAUUAGCAACAAUAUCGAGGUUAUGAAAGCAGAGAUUCUAGAAUCAAGGAAGGCUCUUUCCAUCAGAAAUGAAGGCGGAUUUGUUCAUAGUGAAGUUUUGACACCUCCGGAUAGGUAUCCAAAGGCUGAAACUGAUAUGGCUAGAGCCCAAGCUCCACGACUAACGGCCCCUACAUCAUGGAUCGCAAUUCAAAUCCCCGUUAAUAAACAUAUCUCAGAUAGUAAAUCAGAAGAAGGAAAGAAGUGGCUUGAAAUUAUCAAACCGCUCACAAAGGAAUUACAGCCAGAUUUCGAACAUGGAGUAUGGGGUCGAUUGAUUGAACGACCCAACGAAGUUUGGCUUAUCACUGGCUGGGAAUCUUUGGAGGCAAUAAGAAAAUUCGAGGAAUCGGAUGUGGGACUUCUGGAACAUGUGACUGAUUUCACUGGGAUUACGGAUGUUUAUUUCCCGGAGGACGUAGAGGACGAGGCAAAGAAGAGGGUUAAUGACUUGAAAGGGUUGAUUUACUUCUUUGCGCUCGGAAAGAAGUCUGGUAAGAGUCCAUACAGCGGAAAGGCAAUUAAGGGUUGGGUGAGUGAACCGGUUGAGUUUGAGGAGAAGCAAACCAGAGUCAUGAGGCCUAAAAGACCAGGGAAUGCUGGGAUGGAAGAAGUGCAUUGCAAAUUUGAGACUAUUCCUUGGAAAUUCUGGAACUAUACAUCUGAAGAGGAGAGAGAAAUGGCAAAAAUGGAUGCGGAGGAGUAG